AUGAUCACCAAAAUCCUCUUCUCCCUCCUCGAGCUUCUCUUCCCCAGCUACUCCGCCAAAAUCGUCGAGUCCCUCCUCGCCAUCUCCAUCUUCCCCAUCCUCAUCUUCGGUGGCGCCGCCCUCUUCCCCCUCGCCCUUUUCUACGUCUUCAUCUGGCUCACCGGAAACAUCUUCUAUCCCAUCCUCUCCUCCCUCCUCGACCCCUUCCUGCGCUUCAUUCCCUUCCGGCUAAUCUACUUCCUCACCAUCGGUUGGUUCUUCUCUCUGCGCGACCUCAUCUUUGGGGAUCCUUCUCGAAGGCACGUGCCUCAUGAUCGGGCUAUCCCGCCAGAGCCGUGGGCAUUUAAUAAUGAGGGUUUUUUAGCUCCUGACGCACCGAGAGAUCGGUGGGGACAGCAGUCCUGGCCGGAGGACAGGACGCCCCCUGACUAUUGGCUUGCGCAGCCGUUGAGCAGGUUGUUGUACCGGUGGACACCGGAGAGGCCGCGUCGGCCGAGUAUUGAGACUGGGCGUAUUAGUGCGAGGCAUGCGGCGAGGCAUCAUUCACGGAGGGGGAUUGUGAGAAGGUCGUCGUCGUCGGUACGGUCUACUGGUAUUCCGGGUCCUGCCCGUCAUCGGCCUGCUGCUUCUGUCGAGUCUGUCUCACCGAGCUUGAUGUCUCUGCCGCGCGAUGCGCCGUUCAAUGAGGAGGAGGAAAGGCAGAAAUUGGUACAGAGGCAGGAAGAGGACAAGAAAAGACUGAUUGAGAAGCUGCAGAGGAGGCAGAGGCGGCUGGAGAGGGAGUGUAAGAAACUGGAGGAGCAAACGAAGCGCGAGAGGGAGAAGUUGGAAAGAUUGCAGCAGAAGCAGAGGGAUAUCUUUGAGAUGGAGGUGAGGGAUCGCAAGACUCAUCACGGGCUCAUGGCGAUGGAAAAUGCGGGGAAUUAUCACGAGAUUGAGUACCUGCGUCAGGGCGUGCUGGGGAACCCGCAUUAUAGGCGGUUGGAGAUGCCAUCGAUGGAGAGUGGGGAGGGGAUGGUGGAGAAGAUAAAAGAGGAGGAGAAAAAUGGGAAGCAAAAGGUCAUCCAAAAACAGCAGUCCCAGGUGAACGACAAGGGGAAGCAGCUGGCUCAGCCGGAGGUUGAGUCCAAGGUUGACGUGGAGGGGAAACAAAAGGAAGAAAAUGUCACGAAAGAGGCUGGAGACCAGGCUAAUGGGCAACCUGCUCAAAACGAGAGGAGAAUAUUCGUCUCCGGAGAGAGCCAAGCCGUUAACCCCAGGGACAAUCAGACCGCUGACCAAAAGAACCGUGACCCAAAAGGCAAGCAAAAGGCCCCCCGAUUGUCCUCGCCCUCCCCAACCUGCCCCCAACCCCCACAAACUCAGGCCCCCAACCCCUGUGAACCUAGCCCCCCCUCCUCUGACGACUCCCAACUCUCCGCCUCCUCCCGCUUCUUGAAUUGGUUCAAGCGCCGCAUCCCCAGCCAGCCCUCCGGUCCAGAACAAGUGGCCGACCGCUGGAAAACCCUCUACCCCCGCCGCGACAGCUACGGCCAGCCGAGAGGCAACCCCUAUGGCGAUUUGGGAGAUGACGAAGUCAUUGGGGUGUUAGUCGAUUCGACGGCGUCGACACCGCCGAAUGAGGAGUUGGAUAGGCCGUUUGGAAGGAAUCCUGUGGGCCCGGUGCCGUUGGAGUGGAAUCCUAUUGAUGGGCCGGGACGGGGGAACAAUCAUGAACAAGAGGGGGAGGAAGAGCAGGUCAGGAGACCGAGUGUGUUUGAGACGAGGGCGAGGGCGAGGAGGGAGAGUAGAAGUCGGAGUCGGACAAGGGAGGGUAAAGAAGGGAGAGAAAGUGAGCAAAGGGGGGUGAGUCUGGAGGGAGGGGAGGUGAAUGGGACCCAGCCGGAGGAGAAUGAUCAGGCGAGGGGCUCGAACGGGACUGAGGCGGGAAAUGCGAAGCCUCAAGCUGAUGAGACGCAGCUGCAUGCUGCGCCUUUAAGACGGUCGCGCUCCAUGUCGAAAGGUGAAACGAAUUCGGGGCUGGUUGAUCGUGUUGCUGGGUGGUGGAAGGGUGAGCAGUGA